AUGAGAAGGAGAGCAGGCUUGGAAAACUCUCCUUCUACAGCCCCCAGUGUGGACGGCAAGGACACGCUUCGCUGGGCCUCCACGGUGCAUGGCGGCAUGAGCCUUUUGAAAGUAGUGAAGGUGCGGCCAGAAGUGUUCCAGAAUAUGGUUCACAGUGUGAGCACAGUGUGUCGCGCCAGUAGAGAGACGCGGCACAUUAAGAACAAGAUCAAGAUCAAACCACAACAGCUUCCACCACACUGCAGCCUGUUCAUUGAGAGUGCUCGAGAAAUCAACAAAGUGCGCUCCAGCUUGUUCCAAAUCAAUGGUGGACAGAAGGAGCCCCUGUCCCUGCCGGAGCCCGUGGGCCCCACCGUCACACUCUCCGACAAGGUGUACGUGCCUGUCAAGGACCACCCCGAGUUUAACUUCGUGGGUCGAAUACUGGGUCCACGGGGCAUGACGGCCAAGCAACUGGAGCAGGAGACAGGAUGCAAGAUUAUGGUGCGUGGCAAAGGCUCCAUGCGGGACAAAAAGAAGGAGGAGCAGAAUCGUGGGAAGCCUAACUGGGAGCACCUGAAUGAAGACCUUCAUGUCCUUAUCAGUGUUGAGGAUUCAGAGAACAGGGCCAAGAUGAAGAUCCAGCGUGCCCUUGAAGAAAUCCGCAAGCUGCUGGUGCCAUCCGCCGACGGUGAGGACGAGUUGAAGAAGCGGCAGUUGAUGGAACUCGCCAUCAUCAACGGCACCUACAGAGAUUCCUCGAGUAAGAACCCAGUGGCCUUUUUUGCCUCUGCCCAGAGCAGCCACUAUAACGGGGCACGACUGUACCCAGUUAACGAAAUUGAGGGACUGGGUCCUCUUACAGGGGAAGUCCCACGCCUGCUCACACCUGGGAUGACUCUCCCAUCCCCGCUGCGCACCGCCACUCCACUGGGGGGGCAUCCCCUCAUCAUGCCCACCCGCAUACCAGUGCCCACCACUACUGCGCUGCUCAAUGGCACUAGUGCUGGCAUGCCACCACCCCUCAUCGCCGCCGGUGAUGCUCCUGCUGGCUUGAUGUAUGCACCAUAUGCUGCCGCCGAGUAUGCCAACUACGCUGCCCUCAGCUCCCCCCUCCUCACUGAGUACCCCCCGGAUGCCACUGGUGUAGCGGUCAAGCAGCGACGCCAUUUGGGCCAGGCACGGGAGCACCCCUAUCAAAGGACGGGUACGCUCUCGUAGGCCACAACCCAGCUGACCUGGCGCGUUGCUAACCCGCCCGGGCUCCUUCUCUUGUGUUCCUCGUGUCACUACUGACCAGCACUGAGGCACCACCACCACCACCAACCACUCCACCACCACCACCACUCACCCUAGGAUACACCACUAACCGCGCUGCGCUCAGGGUGCCGCCGCAUCGCUCCCCAGCUCCUCCACCAUCGGUACGUGCCCUCCCCACCGCUCAGUGCCGCCCCCAAGGGCAGGCUUUUGACCUCAGGGUCAUAUGGCUCCCACACUGCCGGUCUAUGGGUGAGGGUGGGGCCGCUACCUGUUGGGCGGGCACAGGGAAAUUGUGCACAUGUAUAGUGGCCUUGGUGCUCACAUGUUCCUCCUGCCUGCCCAGAGCCCUCAACAACUGUCAGUUUGUCAACUAAACUUUAAAGUACUAACAUUGUUUUAGAAGUACUAAGUAGCACAACAAAAACCUCAUACAAAUUUGAAAAAGAAUGAAAAUAUUAUAUAUAUAUAUAUAUAUAUAUAUAUAUAUAUAUAUAUAUAUAUAUAUAUAUAUAUAUAUAUAUAUAUAUAUAUAUAUAUAUAUAUAUAUAUAUAAACAGCUCUUAGGGUGAGGCAGUGCUCAGUUACAGGCAGCUCUUACUUAGAAUCUCCAGUGAGGAAGGUGAUCGAUUUGUGAGACAAUUAGUUGACAUUUUGAGUACAUGAGACUGGUACUACAUAAAGUGUGCAUUUAGAGAUGGUGCUAAUGUUAAGCUUGGUCACAGCUUUAUUGUUAGGGUCAUUGUGUUGUUGGUGUUGUAUCUUUAUCAUGUAGAUUAGAGAUAGGUGUUUAAUGAAUCUCGAUAGACUCUAUUACAAGGUGUCAUGUUAAGUUUAGAAAUGAGCCCCUUCUACUCCUGUUGUUAGAUAUUAAAGCAAAUAUAUGGAUUUUCUGUAAGAUGCCAAAAGGACAGCAUAGGAGUGAUGGGUGUCAGUGAUGGUGCAGCUGUUCUGACUCCAGCAUUGGUGUUUCAGACGUAAAGCAGAAAAACCAUAAAGGCAUUAAAAAAAAAAAAGAUAUAGUUUUGGGAAACUUGACUUCAGGAAGAAAAUCACAUAAUUUCUAUUUAAUUAAAAUGGAUUGACUCUAAUCCAUACCCUAACUUGCACCCACAAUGAUGUGUUAAAUGUAGAAAUGUCCUGCUAAGUGCCUUAUAUUAUAAUAAUUUAUAUCACUUUUAUAUGGCAGUUUCUUAUAUUUAUUAUUAUAUUGACAAUUGUUUUGGAUACCUAUGAAAUUCAUGAAAAUCACAGCAAGAGAAAAUCCAACAUGUGCCUUGAUGUUGUUGCUACACUGGAAGUACUGUGUGUAUCUCUGUAUCUCACAAGCCCUCCAGACGUGCCUUUCACCGUGUCACCCAGCAGUCCCCCAAGCAGGGAGGUGAUGUGCCAACACAGAACUAGACAGGCGGCCACACUUGUGGAGGAUCCGGUUCAGUUAGGAGGCCGAGCAGUGUGCAUUUGACUGAAUGGGGAGAAAAGGAGGUGUACAUAACUGUUCAUCAUCUCAUUAUUGUACUUACGUUUGUUGUACUUAAGCAUGGAACUACACAAAAAUAAGUAAAUUGAAGUAAUAGUUAUGGGGAUAGAGGGUGUAAUCCACAAAUGUUAUUUCUUACUGUAGUCCUCCAAUGUUGCUGUUUGUGCCAUAACCCGGGUGUUUAGUGUCCCCUGGGGUUUGCCUUCGUCUUGACAUGUGCAAAUAUUAAUGUAAGUAUAGUUGUACUUACCAGAGGUAUCACAGGUAGUUGUAAGUCAGGUGUCGUAUUCACUAAAUCAGGUCAUUGCUGGCAGGUCAGUCUCCCUGACCCAGCUCCAGCAGGUCAACAUAUGUGCCAACUUUACUAGGAUGUAAAUUCAUUUUGGUUGAACUUUAAAUUUUUUAAUUUAGUUUUUUAAUUGUUUGAUCUUGGUUGUGACUUCCUCAGAGCUCCAGUUACUCCAUGUGAAGCUUUCAGUCUGACAAUCUUUAUUUUCUCUUGCACAUGAUUGGGUAGAUACUCAAUGUACUGUAGUGUACACAUGUUAGCCUCAGCAAGUGUUCAUAGUAAUCUGGUAAGUGAAACUAAGAGUUAUAGUUAUUAAGCAUAAGAAUCUUUGUUCAGUAGAUGUUAUUAUUUUCUUAAGUAUGGAGACCCCUAUGCCUCACCUCACCCCAUUAACUAUAUUUGCCUGUGUCAUCUCAAUAUUGCCUUCAUCAUGUCAGUCUCAAUCUGAUGCUGUGUCCUGUCUCUUAUCUCUUCCCCAUAGGGAAAAAGAAAAAAAAAAUAUAUAUAUAUAUAUAUAUAUAUAUAUAUAUAUAUAUAUAUAUAUAUAUAUAUAUAUAUAUAUAUAUAUAUGAAUAAGUCACAGGCCUUAAAGACUAUGAUAUAUGCAUACAAAAAGAAACAACCAACUCUCUCUCUCUCUCUCUCUCUCUCUCUCUCUCUCUCUCUCUCUCUCUCUCUCUCUCUCUCUCUCUCUCUCUCUCUCUCUCUCUCUCUCUCUCUCUCUCUCUCUCUCUCUCUCUCUCUCUCUCUCUCUCUCUCUCUCUCUCUCUCUCUCUCACACACACACACACACACACACACACACACACACACACACACACACACACACACACACACACACACACACCAAAAGUUCAAUUCUGUACAUAAGUCUAAUUGAUCAAAGAAGCCAGUGUGUAGCAAGAGGUCAGAACAUUGCAUCAGAGCCAUAUUCUCUCUCUCUCUCUCUCUCUCUCUCUCUCUCUCUCUCUCUCUCUCUCUCUCUCUCUCUCUCUCUCUCUCUCUCUCUCUCUCUCUCUCUCUCUCUCUCUCUCUCUCUCUCUCUCUCUCUCUCUCUCUCUCUCUCUCUCUCUCUCUCUCUCUCUUUGCUGGACAUCAUCUGUAAAUUAUGUGAGUUAUAUGAAAAAUUAUUCCUCUACCUAUAUAAGGGACAUCAAGAAAACAUUGGUGCUGCUUGAAGUGGGUCGCUUGCACCCACUGAGGUGGGAAUCUGAUGGUGGUUCCCAAUGGUACUAACCUUAAAUGUAUUCUUCAAAAUUAAAAUUUUGUAGGGUCAUUUUCUACAUGUAUAUAAUUAUAUUAACUUGGUCUUAAUUUCCUUAACCCAAAUUUAGAUUAAUGAGGCUGGCUUCUUGCUAUAACCCUGGGAAUGGAAUCAACCUUGAAUGUGUUGCAACGUAAUAAGUAGGACUAUGCAUUUUAAUCCUCAUCGAGAUGCAGAAUGUAUUGAUUUUAUAGUCUCCUAUUCUCAGUAAUAUAAAAUGUUUAAUACAAA